GAAGUGGCGGGCUGGCGGCGGCUGCGAUCGCUUUCGUGAGCGCUUCUCGUCGCACCUCCACGUGGACCUGCUGCAAGACGACGACCCCGCCUCCUGGCCGCCCAACCCCUCACUGCAGCCCCUAUCGUUACCAGAGUGUCCGCGGAUACAGCAGCGGCAUGUGAAUGUGCGCGUGCAGCCGCCAUUCGUGUGGUUUGGGCAGCGCUUUGGCAACCGCCUGGGGCUGGAGGGCACUCACUCGUGCGCGCACUGCGGCCUCACGUGCACUUUCUCCUGGGAGGAGCAGGUGAUGCCUCGCCCUGACGUGCUGCUCUUCGUGCGCCAGUACGGCCCUCUCAAGGAGGCCGAGCAGAGGGAAAUGGAUGCGCUGACCACGCGGCCUCCCCACGAGCGGCCUCUACUCGCCCUGCUGGACCCCGAGGCAGCACCCGAGGGCGCGACAGUGCCGGGGCGGCAGAUCUUCUCCCCGUGGGUGCCCAUGGAGCAGCAGGCGCGGUGGGACGUGGUGGUGGGGUACCACAGGGACAGCGACGUGCAGAUCACCUACGUGGGCAUGAAUGAUGAUGAGGCGCGCAAGGACCUCGUCUCCAACAUCAAACUCGCUGUGAGUGAGGAUGAGCUGUUCUCUAUUGUACUCGCUCUUGAUAAUUAUGAGUACGCCAUUGGUUCUGCACGCCCUUGCAGAUGUGCUAUUGUUCACUCAACACACGCCACUGUCCCCAUCCACACCCCUCCUUGCCAGGGUGUGCUGCUGUACCAUGCGAGGUCGCACUGCUCAGUGCAGUGGAGGGAGGCCAUGGUGAAGGGCGUUCUCCGUGUGGUGCGCCACCACUCGUUCUCCCUUGUCGAUUUGUGUACCCCAUUGUCACCUCCAACCCCUCUUCCCUGUGCCAUGCAGGGAGUGCCGCUAUACAGGGCGGGGUCGCACUGUUCUGUGUGGUGGAGGGAGGCCAUGGUGAAGGACAUCCUGCAUGUGGUGCGCCACCACUCGUUCGGCCACUGCCAGUUCAACAUGCACCGCAUCUCCGAACUCAUUGCUCACCCCACGUGCCGCACCCCCCUGGACAAGUGGACGGCGCGCACACACUGUGUGGAGUCGCGGUACAAGUUUGCCAUUGCGGUGGAGAACAGCGAGAGGGAGAGCUACGCCACUGAAAAGCUCUUCAUCCCCUUCGAUGCCGGCACAGUCCCAGUGUACUUUGGAGCGCCAGACGUGGCACACCUGGCACCGCCCGGGUCGUUCAUUGACGUGCGGGCCUUCCCCAACAAGACUGAAGUGGGGGCGCUAAUCAACCAGCUCGAUGCCAAUGCCACGCAGUACCUGGACUACCACGCGUGGCGCAUCUGCAACAGCAGCGGGAACCUCAAGCACGCCACAGCCCUCUCCAUCCUCACCCUGCCCUGCCGCCUCUGCCUCAAGGCCGCUCUGCUUCUCGCUGACAGACAGGCAGCAGCAUCGCUGGGAGAAGCUUCCCCCAACUCUGCAUCCCCUCCCGCUCCCUCCACACCUCCUCCUGCUGCCUCUCCCCCUCCCUCCUCCCCGCCCAGCAUCCCGUGGCUGCGCCUGCUGAACGCCCUCCCGCUCUCCCUCAUGCGCCCCGACGCCCAUGUCGCCGCCUUCCCCCUGCUCCCACACGCCCCCCCUCUGCCUCACGCGUUCAUGUCAGAGACACCGCUGCUGCCCCACAGGCAGCUGCUGCCAUGGGAGGUGGUGAACGGGUCUGUGGUGGGGCACGGCGAUGGCGCUGUAAGGCGGGUGCGAGGGGGGCGAAUGAUUCGUGACUGCGUGCACUGGUGCCUGCCUGGCGUGCCGCACACCUGGAACCAGCUCAUGUACCUAUGCCGACCUCUUGCAAUCUGA